ACGCCCCGCGCCGGGCACUGGCGGCCUUCCGCCGGGCCGGGACCGCGCAGGCGUCGGCUCAGUCUGUCGGCCGCUGCGGUCGUGAACUCGGCGCCCCGCCCUCUGCAGCCCUACUUGCGCCUCAUGCGUUUGGACAAGCCUAUUGGAACCUGGCUGCUGUACCUGCCAUGUACUUGGAGCAUUGGGUUAGCAGCUGACCCAGGUUGUUUUCCAGAUUGGUACAUGUUGUCCCUCUUUGGCACUGGAGCCGUUCUGAUGCGCGGAGCAGGCUGUACUAUUAAUGACAUGUGGGACCGGGACUAUGAUAAAAAGGUUAUAAGAACAGCAAAUCGUCCAAUAGCUGCUGGAGACAUCUCAACUUUCCAGUCCUUCAUUUUCCUCGGGGGACAGCUGACCUUGGCACUGGGCGUUCUUCUGUGUCUGAAUUACUACAGUAUAGCUCUGGGAGCAGCAUCCCUGCUUCUUGUCAUCACCUACCCGCUAAUGAAAAGAAUUACAUACUGGCCUCAGUUAGCCUUGGGGUUGACUUUUAAUUGGGGAGCAUUACUUGGAUGGUCUGCUAUCAAGGGCUCCUGCGAUCCAUCAAUUUGUCUGCCUCUUUAUUUUUCUGGAAUUAUGUGGACGCUAAUUUAUGAUACUAUCUACGCUCACCAGGACAAAAGAGAUGAUGCUCUGAUUGGUCUCAAGUCCACGGCGCUGCGGUUCCAUGAAAACACCAAGCGGUGGCUCAGUGGCUUCAGUGUGGCCAUGCUGGGGGCGCUGGGCCUGGUGGGAGUGAGCAGUGCCCAGACCACACCCUACUACGCUGCUCUGGCUGCUGUGGGAGCCCAUCUGGCACACCAGAUUUGCACUCUAGACAUCCACAGACCUGAGGAUUGUUGGGAUAAAUUUACCUCCAACCGAACACUAGGACUAAUAGUUUUCUUAGGGAUUGUCCUCGGGAAUCUGUGGAAAGAAAAGAAGUCAGAUGAAGCAGAGAAAAGCAUAGAUAAUGGAAUCAAAAAUUAGCAAAUGAAGUGGAUCUAAGAAUGUUUUUUUUUUUAUAAAUAGUUUAUUGUCAAGUUGGUUUCCAUAUAAACUAGGAAUGUUUAAAACAACUUUUACAAAACACUCUCAGGUCUUGUUACCACAAACUUAGAUUUGGAUAAACAGUCUUGCAGUAUGGUAAAGCAUUGAGAACCAGGAGGUGAAGACGUAGACCCUGUUUGCCUGGAUUUAGUGUAGGUAUUUACUAGGAAAAUCUUCCCCUCAGAAACCAGGAAUUCUUGAAGAUUUCGGUGACCUUGAGUACUGAUAUGGAUGCAUUCUUCUGCUCAUUAUAAUUCCCAUCUGCAGUUACAGGAAUGGCAUGAGUUUGGGCACUUUAAAAGACACCUGAUUUGUAUCUCAUCUAAAUGAAUGAAUGUAGGAAAAUGGACUUCACUUUAGGGAAAAAUAAAAGCUGCUGUAGAAAGUUUGGGUUUCUUGUUCCUUGUAAUGACCUUUACUCACUGUCAAAAGCUGUAAUUUAGGAAACCAUUCUGGUUUUUAUAUUUUAGGAGAAUUUAAGUAAAUAAAAUUUUUUAUCUACUACA